AACGCAUUAACAUCUCUGCCCUUUCUGUUCCGUUUCCCCUUAUAAUCAGCUCACGCCAACACCUCUCUUGUAUUGCAUGAUUUUCUUCCUUCUCUGCUGCUCUGCUCAUUCCACUGAUUUACAGAACUGAAGAAUGAAGAGUUUUUCGAUCAAGGUCGAGGAAGGAAUGGAAGGAAAAGACGGUAAACCGUCGGUCGGUCCGGUUUAUCGCAAUGUUCUUACAAAGGAUGGCUUUCCUCCUCUAUAUGAAGAUUUGAGCACAACUUGGGAUAUUUUCAGUGUUUCAGCCAAAAAGUAUGCUGGUAAGCGAAUGCUCGGAUGGCGAAAAUUUGUGGAAGGGAAGCCUGGACCUUAUAUAUGGAAAACUUACCAAGAAGUUUAUGUUGAUGUUCUUAACAUUGGUUCUGCUCUACGAGCGGUUGGCGCCAAAGCGGGCUCUCGAAUCGGGAUUUAUGGCGCGAAUUGUCCUCAAUGGAUAAUUGCUAUGGAGGCUUGCAAUGCCCACAGUUUGGUUGCUGUGCCACUCUAUGAUACACUUGGACAUGGAGCUGUUAAUUAUAUUAUAGAACACGCAGAGAUUGAUAUCAUUUUCAUCCAAGAUAAGAAAGCAAAAGAGCUACUAAGUUCUGGAAGCACAAAUCCUAAGAGGCUGAAAGUGAUCAUCUGCUUUACAUCACUGAAAGGGGAAGAAAAGACCUCAGCAGUAGGCAACGGGAUAAAACCAUACUCGUGGGACGAGUUCCUUCGCUUGGGAAAAGAAGAUCCAUUCGAGAUCGUUCCUCCACGACCUUUCGACGUUUGCACGAUUAUGUACACAAGUGGAACGAGUGGAACUCCCAAAGGCGUCGUGUUAACACAUGAAACGAUCACAACGUUUAUUAGAGGAGUUGAUGUCUUCAUGGAGCAAUUUGAAGACAAGAUGACAGAGGACGACGUGUAUCUAUCUUUCCUACCGCUUGCUCAUAUCCUCGACCGUACGGUCGAGGAAUAUUUCUUUCGUAACGGCGCAUCCGUUGGCUACUACCACGGGGAUCUCGAUGCGAUAAAAGAUGAUCUAAUGGAACUAAAGCCGACGCUUUUGGUUGGCGUACCUCGAGUCUUCGAAAAAAUUCACGAAGGAAUCAAGGAAGCUGUUCAAGUACUCAAUCCAGUGAGAAGGAAGGCAUUUGAUUUGCUCUACAAAUACAAACUUUCAUGGAUGAAUAGCGGAUACAAACAGAAGGACGCAUCGCCAUUGGCAGACUUUUUAGCGUUCAGGAAGGUGAAAGCUAGAUUAGGCGGUCGUCUUCGACUAAUAAUAUCCGGGGGUGCAGCCUUGAGUGCCGAAGUUGAAGAGUUUCUAAGGGUCACAUGUUGUGCUUUGUUCGUCCAAGGCUAUGGAUUGACUGAAACUUGUGGACCAACUACUGUUGGCUUUCCUGAUGAAAUGUGUAUGCUUGGGAACGUUGGUGCUGUUACUCUAUACAACGAGCUUCGCUUGGAAGAGGUUCCCGAGAUGGGUUACGAUCCGUUGGGGGAUCGUCCAUGUGGGGAAAUAUGUGUGAGAGGGAAGACUGUUUUCAAUGAAUACUACAAGAAUCCGGAGUUAACGAAAGAAUCGAUCAAGGAUGGUUGGUUUCAUACAGGAGACAUAGGAGAGAUCUUUCCUAAUGGGGUUGUGAAGAUCAUUGAUAGGAAGAAGAAUCUUAUAAAACUAUCCCAAGGAGAGUAUAUCGCGCUCGAGUACUUAGAAAACGUUUACUCUGUUACCCCGAUCGUCGAAGAUAUAUGGAUAUAUGGGAACAGCUUCAAAUCAAAACUGGUGGCAGUGGUGGUGCUACAUGAGGAAAACACCAAGAAAUGGGCAAAUUCAAAUGGUUUUUUGUGUUCUUUUUCUGAGCUUUGUUGUCUUGAACAGCUUAGACAAUAUGUUCUUUCUGAGCUCACUUCCACAGCUGAAAGGACCAAGUUGAAACGUUUUGAAUAUAUCAAAGGAGUGGUGCUGGAAUCGCGCCCGUUCGAUAUAGAAGACGAAUUGGUCACGGCGACCUUGAAGAAGAAGAGAAACAAUUUGGUCAAACACUAUGAGAAGGAAAUCAACGCAGAAUAUAAGAACUUGGAGGCCAAGAGGUGAUGAAGUUUAAGAGCUCAGCUGAUUCGUCUGAAGCAUAGGUUAAAAUCCACAUGUUAUAGUAAUAUAAACACCAUCCCUUUCUUGGGAAAUUAUGUUGAAGUAUAUGUUACUUUUGAGAC